AGGUGGAUGCCCAGUCGCUGGUAUCCACAGAUGGUGAGUGGAAGCUGAGCCCCUCAGGAGGUAGCUGUGAUGACGUGUGUGGAACAGGGCUUUGCGAUACCUCGAAGCAAGAACAACUGACUGGCCAGCUUGGCUUUGCUUUGCAAUAUUUUUGCUCUGUUUCGUGCAAUGUGGUAGACCCUGAUUGGUUGCAUCUUUGGGGGGAACAACAAAUUAACACGGAUCCUUUCUGUUCAUUUGGUCUUCCUUUUUCCAAGCCAGCACCGUUCCAAGAUAGACAAAUCCGAUACGGCGCCAGACUGCUCGGUGGCUACACUUGCCGAGAGACGAUGUCUCCUAACAGCGAUGAUGGUGCUCCAGGGGUCUUGGCCUCCAACAGCCAGUGCUACAGGUACAGCGGACAAGCUGGUAAAACGACGUGUGGCGCAACCUUCUAUUCGAAGAGGCGGUUUUGCUAUUGCAAAGAUGCGAGCGGAGGCAGCUCGGGGGAUCCCCACAUCCAAUCGCUGCGCGGUGCUCACUAUAGCCUCUUGAAGGAAGGCACCUUCCUGGCGUGGAGCUUUUCCAAAGCGCCCGUCGAGUGGCAGCUCUAUGCCCACUACGCAGGUUCAACAUUUACGACCCAAGGGCUCUUGCUGUUGGACAAGAGUCUUGGACGUCGCAUGGAAAUGACCGCGGAGGAUUGUCAAUGGCGCAGCCAGGAAGGCGGGAAGUGGCAUGCGGUCAAGUCUGGCGCACAGGAGCUCUCUUGGAAGGUGCAAACAACUAACCUGACCAGUCCGGACCUUGUGGUGAUGGGAUCCGAAAUCAAUCUCAGCAUGGAAGUUCCCCAAGGCCAGCACAAGGUUGCGCGUCUCCUGUCCCACUGCACCCCCGGUGAUCAUUUGGACUUCAAGCUCACCAUGUUCAAGAAGGAAGACAUUGACUACGUGAAUGGUGAACUUGGAGUUGACCCACAAGUCUGGAACACGUCCUCCCUCUUCUACUCCAAAAGUAGCCAGAUGCAGAUGCGAAGCGAUCUCGAGUUUGAGGCAUCCGCAUCUUGGUCCAGCUUGGGUGGCAGUGCGGCUGCAGCGGAAUAUUUGAAGAAGAAACAGCAGGAGCAGGCUGAGGCUUCCCUGGUGCUACGCAAAGACUGCACUGAAUCUGAGAUUCAGGCAGCCACAAAGACUUGCGCCAAGUACUUGAAGAACAUCCUCAACCAGGACGUCUUUGCCGACUGCGUCUUCGAUGUUUGCCAUGGUGGAGGUGAGGCGGAGGCAAAGCGUGCCGCUUUGCUUUUUUCAGGUUAGGUCGCCGCUGGUUCUUGGUUUCACGCAGCUUGAAGGAUGUUGGUUGGAGAAAUGGAGAGUUGCAGAGCUAUAGUGAUAAUAUUACUGUAUAGUGCUGUAUCUAUUGGCCAACUUGGUGAUUGAAAUUGGGCAGCUUUGCUUGCCUCAAAGCUAGCCAGGAGCAUUGUUUGUUUGCUGUGCCAAGCUGCUAAGCUUUUGGACUUCGCUGGGUAUCCCAUUGUGGCGUCCAGCAAAGAUUCCCUCUUUUCCCGAGAUGCUAGAGGUAGACGCAUGGUUUUCUCUGAGCAAAAAAGCUUUGGCGUUUUGAUUUCGCCGGGCAGUCAUAGAGAAACCGCGGCGUCCAGCAAUUAAGCUGAGCCUCUUUUCCUCGGCAUGGUACUUGCAGACGCAGCCUUUUUACAUGGAUUUUGCACACAGAGAAGCUGUGGCACAUAUUCGUCCAGCAUGGCCACGAGCUCUUUUUCCAAGAUGGAAUGUGAGGCAGCUGCAUGCUGCGCUCAAACUUGUUGCGCUCAAACGAGCAAAA